AGAGUAUUAAUGGUGAAGAUUGUGUGGUGGCAGAGAGGCAGAUGCAAAUAUUCAAGUUGUGAGAAGGCAAAUUAAUUAAAGAAGGUGCAUGGGAGUGGGGAUUGUUGAGAAGAUGGGUAGGUCUGUAUGAUUUAUUAUUCCCUCUUUAAUUACUUUACUACUACUUCUCCUUCAUUAACUAAGCUUCUAUCAACUCAAAAAAAUAAAUCUUUUAUUUUUCUUGUUAAUCUUCUUCUUCUAUUAGUAAACUUUCUGCUGCUUUUAAUUCCUUCGACUCGUCAGAUCAUCCAUCAUGUAAAAAAAAACAAUGUUUAUCUUUUGACUCUCUGUCGUCCAUUUAUAUAAAUUGUAUGCAGAUGUUGUUGCAGCUCUCAAUCAUCAUCAUCAUUACCCUGAAACUCAUUUAGGGUUUUGUCCUCAGUAUAUUAAAUUUUCUUUCACCAACCUUUCUUUCUCAGCAUUUAAACAUUGUUUGAGUGUGUGAAAAGAAAAGGAUGUUUCAGUGAAGGUCAUUUUCUUAGUUUCCUUUUCUCUUUGCUAAUUAAGAGAAGAAGGUCACUGUAUUUUUUCUAGUAAUGGUGCUGUAGUUUUUAAUUUUCUCUUUCAUUCCUUUCCUUUUUUUUCCCCACUCAUACAAACUUUUGUGUUCUUUUCAUUUCCUUUGGGCACUGAAUGAAAUGGACACUGUUGGAAGGAAGAGACAAGUUUUAGUACUACUCUUGUUUUGGUCUUUCUUCUUUUUGUGCCAAACAUCUAAAGCAGCAGCUGCCAAAAUUCCAAGUAAUUUGAACUACACAAAGUAUAGACAAGUUAGCAACUUAAGACUUGAAAGAAUUGAAAGGCACUUGGACAAGAUUAACAAGCCUUCUGUCUUCACCAUUGAGAGCCCAGAUGGAGAUAUCAUAGAUUGUGUUCAUAAAAGAAAACAACCAGCUUUAGAUCAUCCUCUUCUCAAGAAUCACAAGAUUCAGAAGGUUCCACCAGAGAUUCCAAAACUGAAGAUGGUAAAAACAGACGGCGUGAGAGAUGUAAGUAACAGUAGCAAAAGUAGUGAUGAAAGAUUGGGUGCAGUAAAUUGGCAACUAUGGCACAAAAAUGGGCAGCGCUGCCCUAAAGGAACGGUUCCGAUACGGCGGAGCAAAGUGAAUGAUGUGCUCAGAGCUAAGUCUUUGUAUGAUUUUGGCAAGAAAAAACGCCAUGGAUUACCUCUUGCUCGUCGUGUUGAUGCUCCUGAUGUUGUCAGUGGCAAUGGCCAUGAG